AUGAAAGAUGUGGAACAGCGACGGCACUACGCCGAGAAAUGUGACUCGGUGAUCAAAGGCGUUGUGGUGGGCGUGUACGCCAAGAAGGGCGACCGCCAGCCCAAGAUGACACCAUCCGGCGAGAAGUUUGACGAUCGCGUCCAGGGUAAGAUCACUGAUCUAAUACGCGAGACGGGCCUGAGUGGCCCGUGGAUGAACGUGGAUGCGGAGUUCCGUGCGGUGGCCGUGGUAGGCGUGGGACAGGAGGGGGCCGGCUUCAACGACCUGGAGAUGAUCGACGAGGGAAUGGAGAACGCUCGCGUCGCUGCCGGCGUGGGGGCUCGUGCCCUUCAACUGCAGGGCUGCACAGAUGUCUUCGUGGAGUCGAUGGAGUAUGCGGAGCAGGCGGCCGAGGGGAGCGCCUUGGCCGUCUGGCGCUACAACACCAACAAGCGCACUCAUUUCCAAACUGGAGCUAACCUGGCCCGUCGCCCGACGCCCACAAUCUUUGCCCAGUCAGCGGUGGAUGCCCUGUGCCCCUGCGGGGUAUCCGUGGAGGUACACAGCAUGGACUGGAUCGAGUCCAAGAGCUUGAACAGCUUCUUGAUGGUGGCCAAGGGCAGCUGCGAGCCGCCGAUCAUCUUGGAAAUCGCCUACUGCGGCACCGCACCCGAGGACAAGCCCAUCCUCCUGCUGGGCAAGGGCAUCACAUUCAACAGCGGGGGCCUCUGCCUCCGUCCCAAGGACUGCUUGUCCAUGUACCGCGGCUGCAUGUCCGGUGCAGCCGCCUGCGUGGGCGUCAUCCGAGCCGCCGCCGGCCUAUCGCUGCCCCUAAACAUAACGGCACUGCUGCCGCUGUGCGAGAACAUGCCCUCCGGAAUGGCGGCCAAGCCUGGCGACGUGGUGUCCCUCCUCAAUGCCAAAACUCUCGGCUUCGUGGACGUCAGCAAGGCUGGUGUGAUGGCCAUGGCCGAUCCCUUGCUCUACGCCCAGACGAUCUACAAGCCGCGCAUGGUCGUGGACAUUGCUACAGUCGGCUACGCCGUCUGCUCAGCGCUGGGCGGAGCAGCAGCCGGGAUUUUCAGCAAUUCGAACUUCGUCUACAAGCAGUUCGAGAAGGCCGGUGCCCUUACGGGGGAUCGCGUUUGGCGUCUGCCCCUGUGGCGCUACUUCAAGGAGCUGAUCAUGCCGAACGAGACCUUUGAAAUUAGCCGCUUAUUUUACUUUUCCUCUCUUCUGAGAAAAUACUAA